GGCCGCCAUCUUUCUCACGCAGCGGGCCGUACUGCAAGUUUCCUUUCGCUCCUCCGCCUCGCACACACGCACACACAUAGAUAUACAGAAGAAACGGGUGUGGCAAGAGGUCACCACACACACGCACACACCCACAUCGCCAGCGUGCUCUUCCUUUUCUUUCCCUCCGCUGGAAUUAGAGAGGAGAGAGAUGUACGCCACAGUGCAAAGCAGCACGGCGGAGUCGCCGCAGCGGCCCAGUCCCUUCAUCGUCGUCUCCCCUUCCGCUUCUCCCACGCACGCCGUAUCUGCUGCCUCCGGCACCUCCACCUCUACAGUCCCAACUGCCACCACCAUCCAGGGUGCAGCAGCAACGACGACGAUCCACAUGGACUCUGCCGAUGAGUUGGAAGACACCUCGUCAGCGCACUCCGCAGCGCCUGCGAUAACCUCGCGGCCAUUCACACCGCAGCGAGAUGGCCUGCGUAGGGCUGCGGUGGAAGCACCGAGUCAGCAGCACGAGAGCGAUCAAGAACAUCAACACGCAGGCGUCGCUACGCGCCAGCUUCCGGCUUCGCGGUCGUCUCUCACCACGUACCAACUCGCCUCUGCCGCACUGCGUCGACUACCCGCGCGUACUGCGCCGUCGACGUCUCCGUCAGCAGCGCAAACGCACGACCGACUGACAUCGCUGGCGGAAGGGGCGGACACCGCCUCCCAGCCGGAGCGCUCUAGCACCGCCGCACGCUCGCCUCCUCCAGCGUCGAGUUUCGCAGCGCGUCCCGACAGUGCGCGUACGCCGCUGUCCACCUCUCCUUCUCAGGGCGCGCGCAACACGACAACCUCACCCGGCCGCUUCCAGGUUCCGCCUCCUGCUCAACCUUCCCCCUCCUAUUCCUCCGCCAUCGCAGUCGCCCACCCACCCCCAUCGUCGCUGGCCGGUUAUCAUCGUCGUGAUCUGCCGCAACAGCAGCCUCCGCGGUCGCGCUUUGCAUCAAGUCCACCGCACACACAGAACUCCGCGGGUGAGGACACAGACACCGAAGACGAUGAGGAGACGGAAGAGGACGUGGCAGCACGCGUGCUAUCAUCGCUGCAGCAGAAGGACAGCACGAUUGACCGCCUGACGCGUGCCGUUGCGGAGCUGGAGAAGGAAAACGAACGGCUGCGACGCACGUCAGCGUCGCCAGCUCGUGCGAGCGCAUCUGCUGCGCCGUCGAAGGCGGAAAGGAGUGAUGUGGACGAGUCCGCUACGCCGCCGCGCACCGGCAGAAGCGCACCAGCCGCCACUGCGGAGGGCCGCGAAACCGUCCUCUCCCGAUCGCCCUCGCUGCCCACGACGCCGGUGCGGUGGUGGAAGCCGCAGCAGCAGCGGAGCACUCGUGCAGCACACAGCGAAGAGGCAGAAGAGAACGAUGGGUUUGCGGCAGAGGAGAGGGGCAAAUCGCAUAGCGCCGUCCUGUCCGCAGGCGGAGGCGCAGCGGCAGCGGCUCGACAACGAACAACGCCGCUGCCAUCUGCAAACGCAGAUCCCCCCUCGCAUUCGUUGUCGGCAGCGCACGCCGCCGUGGACACCGUCGUCGCACUGCAGGAAGCACUCGCGGAGAAGGAAGCGGAACUGGCGGCGGUGACGGCGCAACUCGCACGCUCGCAGUCCGACAAGAAAAUAUCACGGCGGCCGUCUUCGCGCAGCUCUGCCGCGGCAAACUCGGAUGAUGACGAUGGCGACCAUCGAGGGAGUUGCGGGGAGGGCGGUGCAUCGUCCGCGAGUGCCCUCGAUGCAGCGCAGAAGCGUGUGGCGCAGCUGGAGUACCAGCUCGAAAUGCUGCUGGAGGAGAAGCGGGAGGAUCAGCGCACCCUGCGGGAGCACAUCGACCACCUCACGCGCGAGCUGCACAGCAAAUCGAAAGAGAUGCGCCGGCAGGAGCGGCAGCACAGGUUAGAACUGGCAGGGCUGCAACGCGAGGUGGCUGCAUUAGCCGAUCAGCUGGAGGACCAACUUCGUGCGGCAACGGCUGUCAACGCGUCCGCCUCCGGGGAACACGACGUGCUGCAGCGGCAGCUUGCAGAGGCGCGACGGCGGGAGGAGGCGAUUAUCCGCGACAGCACGUCCGCACAGCAGCGGUGGCUGCAGGAGCUGGAGGAGCAGAAGCAGCUCGUGGAGGAGGCGCGUGCGGCGGAAGCGCAGACGCACGCACGAGCCCAAGAGGAGGCGUCCCUUCUUCGGCAACUCACCCAGCAGCACGAGCACGUCGAAGCACAGGUGCAGCGUUGGAGGCAGAGUUUGCGUCUGGCGCAGACAGAUCUCGCCGAACUGCGCGCCGUGCAUCAGCGCACGGAGGAGAACGUGGCCGUUCAUCGGGCGGAGGUCCAGGAGCUGACCGAGGCACUCGCGGCGGCAACCCUGCAGCACGCCCAUGACGAACAGCGCGCGGCACAAAUCGAAGGGCAAGCGGAGCUCCUCCGAGGGCAGCUGCGACACGCGGAAAGCGAAGUCGCCGCACGAGAGGCAGAGCUCGAGCGGCUGCGGCAGGAGAAGGCGGGCGAGGUGGACCUCAUGUUGACGGAGCACGAGGAAAAGCACCGGCAGCUGUUGAAGCAGGUCGAAGGCUGCAUGAAGGGCAGUGAGGCGGUGGAGAGCGCCUUGUUGGCCGCGGAGGCGAGUCGGCACGAGGUGGCCGCGCAGCUCACGCGUGCGGUGGCGGAGCGAGACGCGUACCACGACCGCCUGCGCGGGCACUCCGUGCAGAUGCAGCAGCAGCUUUUGGAGCAGCAGCAACUCUUCCACGAAGGACAGGAGGCGCUCCAGCAACGGCUGCGCGAAGCCCAGCGCAGCCUGGCGGACAGCAACGGCGCUCUCGAGGCGACACAACGAGAACUGCACGCCGUCCGAGCGCAGCUGCAGCCCCUCCAAGCGGCGCAGCAGCAGGUGUUGGCGGAGAAGGUGACGAUCGCAGGUCAGCUGCGGGCGGCGGAGCUGGCGAUGACGCUGCAAACGAACGACCUGCUCAAGACGAAGGAGUCGCUCAAGGCGGCGCUGCACGCGCAGCUGCGCACUGCGAACACGCUGAGGCGCACGGAGCAGCAGCGGGGUGCGCUGUGUGAAGCGGCACAGCGCGCAGAGGAGCGCCGUAGAGAGGAGCGGCGUGCUCUGCAGCGCAUCGCACAGCUGCUGUGGGCAGCGCCGCCUCUGCGGAACGCGGCGUCGACGACGGCGGCGGCGGGGGCCUCUCCCGCACCGCACUUUCAGCGUGCACGGAGCUCACUUCACACCGCAAAGGUGGAGCGGCGGACACGCGUUGCGCCGCUCGCCGCAACGGGCGACGCCGCAGCCAAGGGCAACAGCCAGCGGUGGUGCAGCGAAGGUGACGAAGGCGCUGCGCGAGUGCAGACAUCGUCAUCCUCUGCACGUUCUCACUCCUCCUCGUCGCCGUCGUCGUCCGUGUGCACGGCAGCCGAGUCCGUGGCGAUGUCGGCCGUCGUCGCUGUCCCCACCACACCUGCGUCGUCCAUCUACGGAGCAGCGGAAGGGGACGGGGAAGGGGAGGGGGAACACACUUUGCUGCGAAGGAAGUCGGCGCAGGAGGAACAAGGGGAUGGUAGUGAUCGUCACGAUGGCCGUGCAUCUCCGAACGACGUGGCAUUCUCCCUUGGAGCGCUCUCACGCAGCAAAGCAGUGAAGCGCACGACGGCGGCAGCAGCAGCAGCAGCAGCCAACGGUGCGUUAAGGCUGCAGUCCCCUACUUCCUUACUGAGCCCCGCUAACAGUGGUGUCUUGUUCGAUCAGACGAACCUCAACUCCCGACACGCGAGCAAAGACGAUCUGUCCGUCAUGCGAACGCUCUCUGCGGUGCACGACGCCGUGCAGCAACUUCUUCUCGAGCGCGACGCCGUCGUGCGGGAACUGGGCACGAAGCGCAUUGCGGUACGCACCCUCGUGCAAGAACGCAAAGCCCUUCAUGAGGCGUGGGAGACUGCGCAGCAGGCGUGGACGGAGCAGCAGAAGGAAGCGGAGAGGCGCCGGCGUGAUCUUGCAAAAGCGCAGCGCGUUGAGGCGAAUGCAGCGCUGGAGGACUUGAAGGGCACGUUAGCGCAGCAGCACGCUCGAGAGCUGGAGGAGAAGGUGGGAGCGGCAGCGCACGAGCACGCAGCGCAGCAGCUGCAACUUCAGCAGCUUUGCGUGAGCCGCGUUGGUGCGCAGCUCAUCUACUUUGUGAGGCAGCUUCCUCGCACGCUGCACGCCUCCCUCUCGUCCCUCUCCCUGCCUGCGCUUGUCGAACUGUCGAGAGAAGAGAAGCAGCAGCAGCAGCAAUGGGCUCUGUUGGCCGAACACGCAUACGCAGCGGGAAGAGACGCGCCCUCGUAUCUCUACGAAGGCGUCGCAAGCAACCCGCAGCACGCGCCAGCAUCAUCAUCAUCAUCGCAGCAGCAGCAGCUAGCGUACCCGUCAGCGCCGGAGGUAGCGGCAGAGUGCGACCAGAUCGCACGUGAGGUUCUCGGCUUCGCCGGUGGGUGGUCAGCGCUGUCCGCUGCCGCUGUUGCUGCGACGGACGCCGCUCCCCUCAGCACGACCCCCUCACCCCCUACGUACGCUGCUGCGAUGCAGGGCACCGCAGCAGCAGCAGCAGUGCGUUGGAGGACAACGUCGUUUGGUCUUCAUGAGCCGGUCGUGUGGCCUGCCAAAGAACUGGAAGAACUGCAGGAGGUGCUGGAUGCGUUCCUGACCCCGUUCUUCGUGGACGGUAGACAAGGAAGGAAAAACAGUGCUCUUCCGCGGGAGGACGAGCAAGACAGCCAGGCAGCAGCAGCAGCAGCAGCAGCAGGAGGCGCAGUAUUCUCCAUGAAAAGGGAGGAGCGGCCGCCAGUGGCAACGGGCCUCUUCCAGUGGAUGCAGUCACUCCGUCAGCCCAGAUCAACCGCCGCGACAGCACCACCGCACAGCAACGGCAUCGCGCACGUCUCGCAGAGCGCCACGGCGGCGGCGUCCACGCCAGACUCGACGCCGCUUGCCGAGCUGCUGAAUGCGUGUGUCGCGCAUGCGGUGGAACAUGUCUUUUCUGGAGGCGUAGUGCACGUGGGAGGGUAG